AUGAAAGAGUUCUGUUUCCAUGCCUAUGAGAAUGCAGCCAUGUAUAAAGAAAGAAUGAAGUCUAUUCAUGACAAGAAGAUUUUGAAGCGGGAAUUCAAAUUCGGUAACUUGGUCUUACUCUUCAGCUCACGAUUGAAGUUCUUUCCGGGCAAACUCAAAUCCAAAUGGUCUGGACCAUUCAAAGUCGUGAGUGUGUCUUCCUAUGGCGCUAUUGAAUUAGAAUCCAAGGACGGGACUCGAACUUUCAAAGUAAAUGGCCAAAGGGUCAAGUAUUACCUCAGAACCAUUGAAGAAAGGCAACUGGUAGAACAACUGGAUGGUCCUGCACCAAUCCCCACCACUGAUUAG